AUGACCGAUUUUCAAGACAAAUAUGUUUUCGGUAGAAACAAAAAGGAAUCAGAGCGGCUUGAUGCGCAGCACAAUGUCCUAUCAAAAGUGACCGAAAAACUCCUGAUCCAUCCAUCGAUUCCUACAGAAGGCGUGCUUUCUGUUGCAGAUGUGGGAACUGGAACCGGUAUCUGGCUGAAGGAUGUUUCGAAAGUCUUGGAGAAAACCAACACCAACAGCUACUAUCAUGGGUUUGACAUCUCGGCGGAUCAAUUUCCUGAAAAUCCAGGGAAUUUCAAGUUCUCUGUUCAGGAUAUAACAUUACCAUUUCCCAAGGAACAUUGGAACAGAUAUGACGUGGUCCAUGUGAGACUACUUGUUGCUGCUCUCGAAGAAACCGACUAUAGGACUGCAAUCUCCAAUCUUUCCGCCAUCUUGAAGCCUGGUGGUUUUCUUCAAUGGGAGGAAAUCGACGAGGAAGCCUACAUAUCAGCCGACAACCCCGUGAUUCAGGAGAUCCGACGGUGUUUCGAUUUUUCGUUGAAAGCCGAGGGUAAAUGUUUCGCAGCAUCGGCCAAGGUGUACGAGGAGUGCAAAAAAGCCGGCUUGAUCGACGUUGUGAGGCUUCAUUAUCUCUCAAGUGCGAAUAGUGAUCUCCGUCUUGAAACGGAGAAAAGGCUCGCUUCGAUAAUAGAGACGUUGUAUGCAAGUCUUUUGUUGCGAUCUGGUCAGGUUGCCGACGAAGAGGCGGCAUCAAAACGGGCUGGACAGUUGAUUGAGCAGCACUGGAGUUUGUGUGCGGAGGGAAAGUCCCCGCCUUUGAAAGUCAUGAGAGUUGUUGCCCGGAAGCCACUGGACGGUCUUGACCUAUAA